ACAAUCACCGGCACCUUCCUGCUCUUUGACCUGGCUCUUGAUUAGCAAAACCAGCACUAAACUUGACUAACUAGAUGAUCAACCCUGACAGGCACACAAGACCAAAGUAGCUGCAGCCACUAAGCACACAUACACAUACCAAAGCCAAGCAGGCAAAAAUGGAGCGUGUGAAAAGACUGAGCUCAGACUGGCGAUAUCCCACCACUUUGCUGUUUGUCUAUGGAUUCUUCAGCACAGUGAAGCCGCUGGAACCUUUCCUCAUACCGUUCCUGACAGGACCAGACAAGAAUCUGACCACUGAACAGGUCAACAAUCAGAUUUUUCCUGUGUGGACAUACUCCUACCUAUCCGUGCUGGUGCCGGUCUUCCUGCUCACGGAUUGGCUACGUUACAAACCUGUGGUGGUCUUCCAGUGUGUGAUGCUCUUAAUCACCACUGCUCUGCUGAGGUGGACAGAGAGCGUGUCGGCCAUGCAGGCUAUGCAGUUCUGCUAUGGGGUGGUCACUGCCAGCGAGGUGGCCUAUUUCUCCUAUAUCUACAGUGUUGUAGAUCUAAAAAGAUACCGUAAGGCCACGUCUUACAGCCGCAGCGUCCAGCUUCUUGGAUACACCGUGGGCUCGGUGCUGGGUCAGCUGCUUGUCAGCUUCGACCUCAUGUCCUACAACAACAUCCUCGUGUUUACUUUGGUACUCACAGCCAUCGCACUCGUUGCCUCCUGCUUGCUGCCCAUGCCACAGAGAAGCAUGUUCUUCCACAGAAAACAUUCUGGAGAGAGAGCGUCAGAGGAAGGUGCAAAGAGGCACAGAGGUGGAUCUGAGGAUGAAGAAUGCGACUCAGAAACAUCAAAUACAUCCCUGGGAGAGAAAGAAGAUAAGAAGGAGCAGGGGGUUGAGGAGAAUGAGGAGAUAAAAGGGGCAGAGUCCUGCAGCCAAGUUGUUCUGCAGCUAUGGAGAGAUUUCCGACAGUGUUAUUCCUCCAGACAGCUGUUGUAUUGGUCAAUGUGGUGGGCGAUGGCCACGUGCGGCUAUAACCAGACUGUCAACUAUGUACAGGUGCUGUGGGAGCAUGUGCAGCCCUCUCAGAACUUCAGCAUUUACAAUGGAGGUGUGGAGGCAGCGUCAAACUUGUUAAGUGCAGCAACUGCCUAUGGCAUCGGCUUCACAGAGGUGAGGUGGGAGCAGUGGGGGGAGCUGGCACUGGGUGGCUUCUCCGGCCUGGGAGCUGCUGCAUUAUUUCUCAUGACUUUCACUGGAAACAUCUGGGUCUGCUACACCACCUACACCAUCUUUAAGUGCCUGUACAUGCUGUUGAUAACAAUAGCCAUGUAUCAAAUUGCAGCCGACCUGACGAUGGAAAGGUACGCUCUGGUGUUUGGGGCCAACACCUUUGGAGCUCUGCUUCUGCAGACAAUCAUCACUUCUGUUGUGGUUGACAGUGGAGCUCUAGGCCUUCCUAUCGUUCCUCAGUUCAUCUUUUAUGCCUGUUACUUCUCAGCCAUCUCUGUGGUGUUUCUGCUUCGGGGAAUAUUUGGCGUCUGUAAAGCACAGAGAAUAAAAAAGGUCCAAUCAUCUUUAAAUGGAAAGCAAUCUGAAAUCUGCGAGGAACAUAAGUUCUGAUAUUGUAAAUUGAGACUUAAUUUUUUUUACCGUUGCCCCAAAUUAUAGAAUAAAUCACCCUUUUUUUCUUUUUACUGAAAAAAAAAAAUAUAUAUAUAUAUAUAACAAUUGUCUGUGCAAUGUAGGAGCAGCUUACAUUCCAUAACAGAAAAUAAAUUUCAGUAAUUCAAUUUAAAAAAGGACAUUUAGGCUUACAGAACAUGAAAAUGCAAAAUUUUAGAGACAAAACAAAAAAAAGCACUGAACUGUUGCUCAUUAACCCAAAGUUUAUACUUUAGAGAAAAGCAAAAAAAUUUAUUUGUCUAAAAGUCAAGGUCUUAGGAUCUGGAUGAAGAAUGAAGUUGAAAACAAUCCAGGUGAGUAGAGGUCCAGUGGGAAGUCUCCACAGUAACUAAAGGGGGAGACAUUUUCAGCAGAACUUAGCACCUGCCCACACUCCCAAGAGCAAGUUUCCCUUUUUGAAUUGAAUUAUUGAGAUAAAUGUACUUUCCAAUUAUAUUAUACUUUAUUGAGAAGCACCUGUACAUUUAUAAAUGAAAGCUUCAGUCAUUUCAUCUUAUUUAAAAUUCAUUUUAAUAUAUAUUCUGUAUAUAUUUACACAUUAACUUAAAAUUCUUUAAUAUCCCAUGAAAGUGGUUUUUCAGUCCAUCAGUCAUUCUGCUUUCCCCCAUGGGUCUGUGGUUCACUGUCAUUCAAAAAUGUUGGGACCGGGGUCUCUGUCAGCAGGGAGGGAGACGGCAGAACAGCCAGUUUGCCGUUCAGAGGCAGCAUUCACUUGUUUUCAGUUUUCAGUCAUUGACGUUUUUCCUUAGUAUGAACAAUUUACCCAAAAAUAUUCAGCACAAACAGUUUAGUUCUUUACAAAUACAGAAACUGGCAGUACCCAAGCAACAGCCCUGUCUUAACAAAUCUUAUGUUAUACAAAUACUGAUAUGCACAAAGAGCUAACGACCUAAAGGAGAAAAACAUAUGUACAGUAAUGCAGCAUGAUGAAUGAUAUACUGUAUGCAAUAACUUAAUUUUCAUCCAGUUUGAUUAUAUACGUUGUGGCUCAGGCCAGUUCACAGGUUAAGCAGAGGACAGAGGGUCAACCUCUCCCCUGGCACACGCCCUCUCUUGUUUUUCUAGUCACAGACACCGUCAGCGCCUCUGUCUUGCACAUUUUUUAAUUUGUGACAAACUGCGAUAGAAAAUACAGAUUCUUACAAACAUUGUGUUUUUAAAGCUACUGGUGAAACAAAACAGUGCAAUAGGUGCAAGCGCGCCAGUUGUUGACUCUGUUGUGCAGCAGAAGAGAUGGAUUGCUAUAAGAAGGGGUUGGUUGACGAGCCUCCUGCAGGAUACUGAGCGGGCGGAGCGCCACCCUGGAAAGAGCAGAAAAACAGAGAAAAUACAGAGGAGGUCAAAGUAGCAUAGAAAUUACUACGGCCACAUUCAGCAAAUUAGAACCUGGGAUUUGAUGAAGCCUGGUUGUCUGAUUAAAAUAAAUAACAUAUACACAUAUAUUAAACAUAUUUUUCAUUAAGCUCACAUUUCUGUGUUUGAAGAGUUUUCUUUAUUGGUCUGAUGUAAUAAUCUAAUUGUAUGUGUAUUUUUUUUGGUUAUCACUUAUAAGCAAAAAUAAAGGCUUUAAAAUGUUA